AUGAAACGACACACUAAUGUGGGUUAUGUAGAUGAUUCUAAAUACAAGGAUUUUCCAAACUUCAUUAGUUCAUCCGGAGGCUUUUGUAAUAUAAUGACCUGUAAGAUAAAUUUCGAUCGAAAACCCACAUUUUCAGCCAUUGGGAAGUUUUUAAAGCCAGAAGUUCCUGUUCGAUGGCUCAUUCGAGAAAUGUAUAUACUUAAACGAUUGAAACAUCAGAACAUCAUUUGUUAUGUUGGACACACCUAUCAUAAGUUUUACGGAUAUGGAUUGUUUGUCGAGUACAUGGAUUGUGGUGAUCUCCAUAACAUUAUUGCUGACCCGACAAUUAAGUACACGUGGGAUCAGUUAGGAUCUUGGUCAGGACAGCUUUUAUUGGCUUUAGAAUAUUUAGAAUGCAGAGGAAUUGUUCACUCAGAUCUUAAUACAAAAAACAUUUUAUUAAAAAACAGCAUGAAAAUUAUAAAAGUAGCUGAUUUUGGAUCAGCCCGGAAUACAAAUGAGAGAAUGAUUACUGAAAACAUGUUCCAUUAUUGUAACCCUUCGAUCUUCACUGGAGAGCCGCUAACAUCUAAAUCUGAUAUUUUUGCUUUUGGCAUGAUAUUGUGGUGGAUGGUUUACAGAAGGGAUCCGUUUUAUGGCUUUGACACUUUAGAAUGCAACUAUUUACUAGUUGGCGGUGUUCGUCCUAGAACCGAAGAAAACCAGGGUCUUGCUCAGAUUUUUGCUGGAAAAACGACCCUGAACAUAGGAUGA